AUGUCCGCGUCGGAUAAUAACAUCACCUCCGAUUUAAUCGAAUCCAUGAGAGUGAACAUUCGAGAACAGUUGGAAGCGGAAAGCGUGGAAGUGAUGGACUUAUCUGGGAACGGGAGACACGUGGCUAUAAAAGUGGUGUCAGAAAAAUUUGAAGGCAAAUCCGCUGUAAAUCGACAACGGAUGGUGUAUAAAGCGAUAUGGAUGGAAUUGCAAGACCAAGUGCACGCGGUGAACGAAAUGGUCACGAACACUCCGGAGGAAGAGAAGAAGGAGAAUCCUUAA